AUCCAUCACAACGUUCUGCCUUGGAGCAUCGAUCCUCUACCACAACCUUGCAUCUUCCCAGCCUUGUCACGAAGUGAGGCGAUCGGCAAAAGCCAAACCUCUGUGCAAAACCCUGUUGUAGCGCCGAUUCGAUUGAUCCCUCCCACGUUCAGCUUCCCAAAGCGGCAACCAACCCAAAACAAACACUUCGUGUUUCAAAACUCAAACGGCACGCAUCCGAAGAAAAUGUGCUACUACGACAACUUCAAAUUCGCCUGCCAGGACUGGAAAUGGGGCAACUUCCGCCAGCACUGCCAGAAGGAAUACCGCACGGGCGAAACCUGCGGCAUGAAAAUGAUCUACAACACCAUGCUGCUGGCGGAAAAGUGUCCCUCGUGCGAGAAGAUUGAGAAGAAGCUCCGUCGCCGCGACAAGGCGAUGAGCGACUGGAAGCGCUGGAGCCAGCAGGGUGGGAAAUUCAAGGCGAGUAUGGAAAAGGCGGUGGAGGAUGUCAAGACGCUGGAGAGGGAGAUUGAGGCGUUGCAGAGGGAGAAGGAGAGGAGGUAUGCGGCCGUGGGGAACGCGAGGAGGAACUGACUGAGGGGUGAGGUUCAAGGGGCGUGUUUCAGGUUGGUGACGAUGAGUGGUGAGAGAUUGUCGAUGGUGAUGGUGAAAUGCGAUCACAACGAUCGAUUCGAGGAGAGAUGAUCACGAGAAUCGCAUGAAUGGAGGGCAUGGGCAUGGUGUUGGAAUCAGAAUGCACUCAUUUCUUUCGGGGUUGUUGUCGGUCUUGGCGUUUAGGUUGAACAUGGAGCCUGCACGAUUUCCUUCUAACGAUUUGAUGAUGGCCU